AUGGAGUUGAAUAACUCAAACAUGGAGGUUCUCAAUAACACACCUCCACCUCAAGUUGAAAACAUUGAGGUUCUCAAUGAUACACCACCACCUCCAGUUCAAAACAUGAAGGUUCUCAAUGACACACCACCACCUCAAGUUGAAAACAUGGAGGUUCUCAAUGACACACCACCACGUCGGAGACGGCCUGAAUCUUACCCUUACACCUUUGGUGUACCAUAUCUAAACAACAAUCCCAACAACCUAGUUGAAGCAUAUGACAACAACUCGUUCGUUAUGGACCAGAACCCCAAUGGCCACAAUUUUGAGAUACUCAACCAGAACCCCAAUAACAACAAUUUUGGGAGAUUCAACCAGGCUGAAGCAUACGGCAACAACUCGUUUGUUAUGGAGCAGAACCCCAAUAACAAUAAUUUUGGAAGAUUCAAUCGGGUUGAAGCAAAUGGCAACAACUCGUUUGUUAUGGAGCAGAACCCCAAUAACAAUAAUUUUGGAAGAUUCAAUCGGGUUGAAGCAAAUGGCAACAACUCGUUUGUUAUGGAGCAGAACCCCAAUAACAACAAUUUUGAGAGAUUCAACCAGGCUGAAGCAUAUGGCAACAACUUGUUCGUUAUGGAGCGAAACCCCAAUAACUAUUUCAACAAUUUUGGGAGAUUCAACCAGGUUGAAGCAUAUGGCAACAACUCGUUUUCUAUGGAUAAGAACCCCAAUAACAACAAUAUUGGGAAAUUCAACCAGGCUGAAGCAUAUGACAAUAACUCGUUCGGUAUGGAACAAAACCCCUAUAACAACAACAAUCUCCUUAUGCAAAUGUCACCUCAUCCAUUCCUUUCCAUGUACUUUCCUUCUCCUUGGAUGAACAAUGGUGGACACUAA